AUGUCGAACUUCUUUAGAGAUAACAAUAUUGGGUUUAAGCCUCGUUCUAAUAUCUUUUCGAAGAUGAGGUCGAAAGAAUGCAGCAAGGAGAUUAGUGAGGAGAGUAGUGAUUCGUCGUUGUUGGAUAGUCAUUUUUUCCAGAGGACGGAUGGUGGUUUGAAGUUAUCGGGGACAUGUGGGUCUGUGACGGCGGGGAGCAAUAGUAGUAUAAUGAGUUGUGGACAGAAGAAUGGGGAUAUUAUUCAUGAGAGUACGCCAAAGCCUGCGGCCGUAUUGGGAGUAGAUCUGGGGCAGGAGGAGGAUGAGUUGGAGAUUACAGAGAUUCGGGAAGUGGUGAAGGAUGGGGUUGUUUCUGAAGGUAGUACAGGGUUUCGGCAGAGUCAUGAUGUGGGGGCAAUCAUUAAGCCUUCUGCAGCUGGAUCAGGUACUAGUGGUGAUACUUCUUCGAAUGAUGUUCUGUUAGAGGCAUUUACCAAUACCCAGAGGAUAUGUUCAAGUUUGAAGCAGGAAUUACAGAGACAGCAGACGAAAAACCAACAACAGAAGCAGGAGAUUGAUAUGUACAAACGGGAAAUAGAUAAAGUUAAGGAACGAUUGGGAAGCUACCAAAAUUUUUUAGAUGCAUUGGAGGAAAAAUCCAAAUGGCUGUUUGACCAAAAGAAGUCUGGUGAUAAGAAGAUUGAACAGUUGAAGCAAUUGUAUGACUCUAUGACGGCGAAAGUCAAGCAAUAUAACAAACAAUCAAGCGAAUUGAAAACUACAAUAGAGAACCUUAGAUCGUCUUAUUUGAGUCAACAGACCGAAAUAAAGGGUAGGGAUAUUGAAAUCGAUUAUUUAAAAAAUGAGUUGAACAAUUGUGCCGGACAGUUGAGUGAAGAAAAGAUCAAGAAUAGUGAUUUGAUACAGCAAUUGGGUUAUUUAAAGGAUGAAUUCAGAGUUAUUUCAACGGAUUUACUGCAGAAACAUGGGCAAAAUGUAACGCAAGUGUUUGGAGAUGUUACUGCCAAAAUUGAUCAAGUAGGGAAUGUGGUGACUAGUGGGAUUACACAGAAGGUGGAAGCUCUAAGUUCAACCAUUGAUUCUAAAUAUUUAGCACAGGCUAAUUUAAUAAGAGAAAAAAAUGACUUUGUUCUUUUGAAACUCUCAGAAAGUCUGGAAGAUUUCAAUAAAAAGUUGGUCUCCAAGUUCGACUCAGGAGUGACGACUUUGCUGAGCAAGUGGAAUCAGACGAACGAGCUGCACAAACACACUUCUACAACAAUCCAACAGGGGAAUGAGAAAUUUAAAUGCGUUCUAAAUGAUUCUUCUAAAAAAUAUCAAGAGCACUUCAUAGAGCUAAAGGACAGUAUCCAUGAAGAAGUUAAUAAGCUAGGCACAAGUCUGCAAAGUUUUGGUUCGCAAUUGAAGAAGAACGAGAAAUACGAAGAAAGACUUUCAGAACUUCAAACGCAGAUCCAUAAUGUCGUUUUGCAGAAGAGUGAGGUUGUAUCGCUGAUGAAAAGUAAGGAUACGGAAAUUGAGGACCUGAAUAACCAGAUAUUCAAGAAAAAUGAAAUGCUUGAGAGUUUAAAGGAUAACAGCGUUCUUCUAGAAAGAGAAGUUGCCGAGAGAAAGCAAGAAACUUCAAAGAAAGUAGAGGAGUAUCUAAGGCUAUCAGAAGAAUUGAAAUCUCAUCGGUCCACUUCUGAACAAAAGUUUGCAGCUCAACAUGAAGUUGUGAAAUUGCUGACUCAGGAAACUGAAUCAUUGAAGUUAAAAUUAGCUGGGUGUCAAGAAAGCCUAUCUGCAACAAAUAAAGAUAAACAAGAAACUCUCGAGAAGUCUCAAAAAUUACAAGAACAUUUGCAUAAGCUUAAUGUAGAUAUUGUUCAAUUGAAGGCUCACGAAUUGGAACUUGAAGAAGAAAAUCGUAAGUUAACUAACAAUAUUGAACUUAUUGAAUCCACUAAUAAAGAGGAGGACUAUGAAUUACGACAAUUGAAGGAACAAGUGAAGACUAUGGAUUUGGAAAGACGAGGAUUUGUUACUGAAAGAUUGGAUUAUCAAGAUAGAAUUGAGAUGUUAGAAAAACAGAUAAUGCAGCUAACGAAACAGCUAACGAAGAUUACCGAUUUAUCAGCAAAUUCUGUCAACCAAAUUCCUGAGCAACUUCCAAUGAAAUCUCAGCUGAAGGCACAGGAACAACAGCUGCCUCCACAACAGCAGCGGCAACGACACCAAAAACCGCAGCGGCAAGAAAAACUAGUAGAGACAAAAAAACUAGUAGAGACAAAGAAACAAGAAGCAGCCAACUCCGAUGAAUUCGAUUUAUCGAGCUCCAUAAAUGAUGAGUUGGAGUUAACUAAUCCAUCGCCAAUUCGAGUAACAUCGCUAACAACUAAGAGACGAGGAACAACAGUCAAGACGUCAGUGACGACUAAAAAAGGAAAUGUUCUAACUACCGGCGGUAGGAAAAAGUUAUUACUCUCUGAUGAUGACGAUGAAUUUGCACGUAAAAUAAGGAAGAAAAAGAGAUUCUAA